AUGCAGUGCAUCCGAAGGCAGCCCAAGCGCACCGCGUCCCAGGAGAACAUCCUGCUGGAGCAGAGCCGUAGAGUGGCCGCGCUGAAUGGAAUCAGGCUGGGCCUCAAAGAUGACAAGGACCUGAAGUUCCUCCUGAAAGGCAGCCAGCUGCUGAAAGUGAAGUCAAGCUCCUGGAGAAAGGAGAGGUUCUAUAAGCUCCAGGAGGACUGCAAAACCAUAUGGCAGGAGUCAAAGAAGGUGCUGAGAUCCCCAGAGUCACAGAUCUUCUCCAUUGAAGAUAUCCGGGAUGUGAGGUCAGGCCAUAAAACAGAAGGUAUGGAAAAAUAUGCCAAGGAUGUCCCUGAGUAUCGCUGCUUUUCCAUCAUCUUCAAAGACCAGCGGAAAAACCUGGACCUCAUUGCAAGUUCAGAGGAUGUUGCCAACCACUGGAUCGCCGGCCUUGGGAAAAUCAUAGCCCACAGCAACUCCAUGAACCAGAAACAGAAACUCCAACACUGGAUUCACACCUGCCUGCGGAAAGCUGACAAAAACAAAGACAACAAGAUGAGCCUGAAAGAGCUCAAAGACUUCCUGAAAGAAGUGAACAUUGAAGUCGAUGAUUACCAUGCCAAGAAGAUUUUCCAGCACUGUGACAAAUCCAAAACAGAGGCUCUGGAGGAUGAUGAGAUAGAGGAAUUUUACAAGAUACUGACAGAGAGGAAGGAAAUAGACAGCAUCUUCCAAAUGUACUCAGACCCUGAAGGGUUCAUGUCCUGCCAGAACCUGGUGAGGUUUCUCUAUGAGAUACAGCAGGAAGAAGAUGCUGUUGUUGCUGCCCCUGCCUUAAUUCAGAGAUAUGAGCCCAACGAAAGAGCCAAGAGGGGCAACGCCAUGACCAAGGAUGGUUUCCUGAUGUACCUGCUGUCAGAUGAGGGGAAUAUAUUCAACCCCUCUCACAGGAAAGUUUACCAGGACAUGACCCAACCUCUCAGCCACUACUUGGUGUCAUCCUCACACAACACCUAUCUCAUGGAAGACCAGAUCACAGGGCCAAGCAGCACAGAAGCCUAUAUCAGAGCCCUCACCAAAGGCUGUCGCUGUGUGGAGCUGGAUUGCUGGGAUGGCCCCAACUCAGAGCCCGUCAUUUAUCAUGGCUACACUCUCACCUCCAAGAUCCUCUUCAGUGAUGUCAUUAAGGCCAUCAAGAACUAUGCAUUCAAAACCUCACCAUACCCUGUCAUCAUCUCCCUGGAGAACCACUGCAGCGUGGACCAGCAGAAGGUAAUGGCCCAGCACAUGACCACCAUCCUGCAGGACAUGCUCUUGGUUGCCCCAGUCGAUGGAAACAAAUCCCAGCUCCCCUCCCCAGAGCAAUUGAAGGGCAAGAUCCUGGUGAAAGGCAAGAAGCUGAGCAGGCAGGAGGACCCUGUCAAUGGCAACAACAACCUGGAGGCUGAGGAUGUCUCUGAUGAAGAUGAAGCAGCUGAAAUUGAAGAUGAAUCUGUGAAGACCAAGGUAGAACAGAAGGGAAAGAGUGACACCUUGAAGCUUGCCAAGGAGCUGUCAGACAUAGUUGUCUACUGCAAGAGUGUCCACUUUGAAGGCUUUGAUGACCCCAACCAUCCUCGGGCUUUCUAUGAGAUGUCAUCAUUCUCGGAGAGCAAAGCUCUGAAACUGGCCCAGGAGUCUGGAACCAGUUUUAUUCAUCACAACAUCAGGCACCUGAGCCGUAUCUACCCUGCAGGCUGGAGGACAGAUUCUUCCAACUACAGCCCCGUGGACUUGUGGAAUGUUGGCUGCCAGAUUGUUGCCCUGAAUUUCCAGACAGCAGGCACAGAAAUGGAUGUGUACCAGGGUCGGUUCCAGGACAAUGGGUUUUCUGGGUAUGUCUUAAAGCCAGAAUUCCUCCUUGAUGAACAAACCAAAUUCAAUCCAAAAUCCAUCACAGAAGGAACAUGGGGGACAAAGAAGAAGCUUCUGCUUAAAAUUAUCUCUGGUCAGCAGCUGCCAAAGGUGAACAAAAGCAAAAAUUCCAUUGUGGAUCCCAAGGUAACAAUAGAGAUCCACGGUGUCCAGCAGGACAACAACAAGAAGCAGACCAAAGUCAUCGAGAACAAUGGCUUUAACCCAAACUGGAAUGAAGAGUUUACAUUUGACAUAGAGAUGCCUGCACUUGCCCUGGUGCGGUUUGUGGUGGAAGACUUUGACAUGUCAACCAAGAAUGACUUCAUUGGGCAGUACACCCUUCCCUUCACGAGUCUGAAGCAAGGUUAUCGCCACAUCCAUCUCCUGACCAAGAAUGGAGACCCGUACUCCUCCUCCACCCUCUUUGUCUACAUCAGUAUCCAGGACAGUGAUUAG